GGUCCGAGGCUCCAGGGUCUCCAGGGCUGGGUACCGGGUCCCUCCGGCCGGUAUCCCCAGCGCCCGCGCUCAGGUGCCGCAGCUGGGAGGGUGACCCGGAGCCCAGGGACCACCCGAACCCCUUCCGGUCGGAAGCACCCCGCAGGUCGGACCGGAAGGGGCGCCUUAACCCUGCAGUGUGACAAAGGAAGUCCCGCCUCUGCCGCUCCGCUGACACCGCGGACGCCACCGAUUUCCGAGCCGGUCUCGGAGGGGCGGGCAGGUGAGGACCUCCAUCUAGGAGUCCGCGUUUGUAUCCAGAGACGUGGCGCGCAGCGGUGUCCUGAGCUAGGAUGUGGAGCCUCGAGGGGAGCAGAGACAAAGGCAAAGAUUUGUUUCUGGAGCUGCCAUGAUUGAAGUGGUGGCUGAACUGAGUCGAGGUCCUGUAUUUCUGGCGGGGGAGGCUCUGGAAUGUUUAGUGACUGUCACUAAUCCCCUGCCCCCGACCGCCACUUCUGCAUCCAGUGAGGCUCUGGCCUGGGCCAGUGCCCAGAUCCACUGCCAGUUCCAUGCCAGUGAGAGUCGAGUAGCCCUGCCACCCCCGGACUCUAGUCAGCCAGAUGUCCAGCCUGACAGCCAGACUGUCUUUCUGCCACACCGAGGUGAGAGGGGUCAGUGUAUUCUUUCUACUCCACCAAAAAUUCUGUUUUGUGACUUGAGGCUAGACCCUGGCGAGUCCAAAUCAUACUCCUACAGCGAAGUGCUGCCCACAGAGGGACCACCUUCCUUUCGGGGUCAGUCAGUCAAGUACGUCUACAAAUUGACCAUUGGCUGCCAGCGUGUCAACUCGCCCAUCACUUUACUCAGGGUCCCUUUGAGAGUUCUUGUGCUGACUGGUCUUCAGGAUGUCCACUUUCCCCAGGAUGAGGCGGUGGCUCCAACCAGUCCGUUCUUAGAGGAGGACGAAAGUGGCAAGAAGGGCUCAUGGCUAGCCGAGCUGGCCGGGGAGCGCCUCAUGGCUGCCACCUCCUGCCGCAGCCUCCAUCUGUACAAUAUCAGUGAUGGCCGAGGGAAAGUUGGGACAUUUGGUAUCUUCAAAUCUGUGUACAGACUCGGCGAGGAUGUGGUGGGGACCUUAAACUUAGGGGAAGGAACUGUAGCCUGUUUGCAGUUUUCAGUAAGCUUGCAGACUGAAGAGCGUGUACAGCCUGAAUACCAGCGGCGCCGCGGGACAGGAGUUGCCCCUUCGGUGUCCCACGUGACACAUGCCCGGCACCAAGAGUCCUGCCUCCAUACAACUAGAACCAGCUUCUCCCUCCCCAUCCCUCUUUGCUCUACCCCUGGCUUCUGCACUGCCAUCGUGUCCUUGAAGUGGCGACUGCAUUUUGAGUUUGUAACAUCCCGGGAACCAGGAUUGGUUCUUCUGCCCCCAUUGGAGCAGCCUGAACCUGCGACCUGGACGGGGCCUGAGCAGGUGCCUGUAGACACCUUCAGCUGGGACCUCCCCAUCAAAGUGCUUCCUACGAGCCCCACCCUGGUCUCAUAUGCUGCCCCAGGCCCCAGCACCAGCAGUAUAACUAUCUGAAGGUGGCCCACAUACCCACCAUGGCACUAGUUUCUUCAAGACAUUGAAAACCCAACAGCUGGACCCGGUGGGGCCCGCUUUUCCCACCCGGGGCCCUGCCGCACAGCGAUGAGAACCAGGCUUUCAGCUGUGGCAUUGAUUUAUUUAUUCAGA